CACUUGUCCUAAGUUGUCCGCAGACCCGCACUUCAACUUCGAACAUCAGACACAGUACGCGUUACCCAGAGACGAGCAAUAAAUAAAUUUUGAUAAACAGUAUUAGGUCGUGAUGGAAAAAGAACACCAGCCAGACUCGAUGGCUACAAUAACUAUGAAGCCGGAAUAUCCGCCUUCUGAAGUAUACAGCACAUCAGAACCGCCACCGGCUUAUCGGCACAGGGUGUCAACUUCGGUCCAGAUCGCGAAGAUUGCAGCAUUAACAGUGGUCGCUUCCUCCUUCAUCUUGGGAACCUUUAUAUUGGCUUCGAGUUGGGUAGCAGCUCGAUCAUCAUGCCAUCAGCUAGAGCAGCUGGAUGCAAUGCUCGACAAAGAACUCGCUUUGGAAGGCAGAGCCUACGGAAAUGAUGCCCUGGUAGCGGAUGAGCCUUUGCCACUAGCAAAUGCCCACGCUUUGCAUGGAGUACCGCCCACGCUGUCUUCAGUGUUACCUGAGACGAGCCAGCCGUCAUCUUCACGACCCAGCCUCUUCAAAGACGACGCACUCAACCAUGCCGAGUCCAAAAUAAACGAAGACAAAUUGCAGAAAAUUGACGACGAUAAGAAUGACUCACCAAACUCGAGUGAUGAGAGUCCUGAGUCCGACAGUUCUGCUGAAGAAGACGACGAACUUGAAGCGAUCAGACCGAUGUUCAAAUUGCCUAUUCAGUUUGACCUUGAUGAGUUGGCGGGCGCUUUCUUAGCAAACAACCAAAAAGGCCGUAUGAACUGCGUGGUGGAGCGUCGUAACGACGACCCCAUGGAGAGACGUUUUCCCUUCAACAUUCUAGGCGCGUUCGCUCCCCGCAGCGCUCAUGCCGAACGCGUAGCCAUCAUCUGCCACGGAGGAGAUGAGCCCAGGGCAAUCAAUUUCCCGGAGCCACAGUCCCAGGUAUUUGCCUUCCCGUUGACCGGUCCAGUACGCCUCCCUCUGCGUCCUCAGCCAGAGACACCUUCCGGUCCUGAACCCAGGAUGCCUUUUGGACCUGGUUCUGACGCUAGAAUGCCACCUUUCGCACAAGCUCCUGAACAAAGAAUGCCGCCCUUCGCACAAGCUCCUGAACAAAGAAUGCCGCCCUUCGCACAAGCUCCUGAACAAAGAAUGCCGCCCUUCGCUCCACUAGGACCGAUGGCACCAGUUAGCCGCCAGGCGUCCUUCCCGCUGCCGAUGCCAUGGGAAUCGUCUGAAGAGCAAACGGGAGGUCCCCGCGAGAUGCGUAUCCACGUGCAACGCGUUAUUGCAAUCCCGGCACCGCACAAUAUGCCCCAAGCACCCGAACCCGACAUGGGACCUUUUGCGCCUCCUCCACCGCCACCCCAACAAGACCAGAACGAGCAACAAACUAUCGUCCACCAAUUCGUGCCGCAGACAGCUCCUACUCAAGAAAUGGAACAACCUGAGGGCCAGAAGGCGCAGGACGGUGCCCCGGUGCAGAUGAGUCUCCCGUGGGGCUUGACCCCGGCCGACCUGCAUGCGAUACACCGCUCCGCUCAGCAUGCAAUCGACCAGUCACGCCGUGAACAACAAAUGGACAACGACAUGCAGGAAGUGAAAACUAUCGUGAACACAUUAGCAGCGGCGGCGGAAGCGGAAGCUGAAGCGGAGGCGGGAGCACAAGAGGGACCGCGCGCCGAGACCCCACGAGCUCAGCGCACGCUCCUUCUGCCUCAGGAACAACACGACAUUGACGAGAGGCCACAUUAUAUGCAGCCUCGCUCAGUUCGCAGCGUCGAUUCGAUGCUGGAGGGCGGGAAACGCGUGAAGCGCUGUGCUUGCAAAUGUGCCUAGAGUCUGCUCUAGAUUAUAUAACAUCGGCUCGCGAUCGCACAGCGGGCCUCCGUCUCCAAUCUACAAUCUCAAACAUUUGUAACAACAUUCAAUACAUAUAGAUUUCAAAAUAAAAUUCUAGCUCUACUAACGAUGUAUAGUUGUAUAAUAAGCUAAAGUGCUUGGGGAAUAGUGUUUGGGAAUAGUUUUUAUUAAUUGUUAAAUAUUUAUAAAUUUUAUACAUUCGUUUAUCGUGAAAAUAUAUGUACAUUUGUUAAUAAAAUUUAAAAAAUAAUAAUUUGAAUCGACCGCAGACGUAUAAGACAAAUACAUAUUUUUAGUUGACAUAUAAUUAAAUCCUAAAUUACAAAAGUUGGUGGUUCAGGUAAAUUUAUUAAAGUGUAAUUUUCAUCUUGAAGAUUGUGACCCUAAAUUAAAUUUCAUUAGUUAUACGGAA